CGGCCCAGUUGGUACCACUUAUGGGGUCUCUGGGCCUCGGGGCUUAAAGGAUGGCGGGCUUUGGCCUUUGCGAGCUGCCGAUUGGGGCUGGGCCGGAGCUGAGGCUCGACUUUGCGGAGACUUCAAGCUCUCGGGGGCUGACAGGUGUCGUCAAAACAGGCAAGGAGUAUCCGCCGUUGGAUACGGAGGCGGUGUUGGAGGAUGGCGAGAGGGUUCAGCUGGUGCACCGGAUUGCGGUGGCUCUUGCGAGCCCCGAGGCCUACGAGAAGAUGUGCAAGACGGUGUUUCGAAAGUUCGCGGAGCCACCUCCAGAGGGCGAUGACUUUGACAAGUGUGGGCUGCAGACCCCCAUCAGUGACAUCUUUGAACACCUGAAGCUGCCAUCGGAGCACGUGAGGAUGUUCGAGCAAGUGCUGAAGAAAGAGACAGACUUCAAACGAAAGCCCGAGAUGCUUUCCUUCCAGCUGUUCCGCCGGGUGCUGAUCAAAGUUCUGCGCCGCAUUCGGGACCUCUACUGCGUACGGGUCAAGAGAGGUCAGUUCGUGACGGCCAAGAAGAGGAAGCUGGAGGAUGAGUACGAGCGGGUGGGCGACGCUGGGCGCGGCUGCUUCGGGGAAUGCUUCUGGGUGAAGCACAAAAGUUCCGGGUUUCGGAGGGUUGCCAAGCGGAUCCUCAAAAAGCGCGUGGAGGUGCCCAAGGAGGAAGUGGAGGAUGAGAUCAACUUACUCCGGAAGCUGGAUCAUCCUCACAUCGUUCGGCUCUUCGAGUGGUUUGAGACUGCAGAUGACUUCCUGCUCGUCAUGGAGGGCGCGCGGGCCGGUGACCUUGGCCGCGCUCUGCAGCGCGCCAAGCAGGAGGGGAACAAGGGCCUGGAUGAGAACACCGUGCGGCUGCUCAUGGAGCAAGCCCUGACUGCCCUCGUGUACAUCCACGCCAACAGGGUCAUCCAUCGGGACAUCAAGCCGGCCAACAUGGUCCUGAGUCAGCUGGACAAGUAUCCACCGCACUUGCUUCUGGCUGAUUUUGGGAUCGCCACUGUGUUCCAGCCCGAUGCCCCCGAUGCGCUGCGAGGCCCUAUGGGCACCUAUCCUUACAUGGCGCCGGAGAUCUAUGACAACAACGUCACUCCCAAAGUCGAUGUUUGGGCGCUGGGCAUUGUCAGCUACGAGGUGCUGUGUGGACAUCGGCCAUUUGGCCGCGAACGGUUCGACGUGGAGUAUCAGACUCGUCUACAGCCUGCGCCUGUGGAUAUGACCGCCCUGCAUGAUGUGGGCAUCAGCCAGGCUGCGGUGAAGUUCAUCGGUGACCUGCUGCAGAAGCAGGAGGUCUGGCGGCCCACCUCGGAGGACGCGUUGAAGGACAUCGCCAACUGGCUGGAGGUGGCCCAGCCGGAUGGGCACGUGGCCUCCAUGGUGGGCUUCAGCAAGAAGAGCACCUUCUCCAAGGCGGUGUACAUGUGUGCGGCCAGCCAGCUGGAUGCGUCCACCCUGGAGGAUCUCAAUGCCAUGUUUCUGAGGCUCGAUGCGGACCGCAACGGCAGCCUCUCAGUCCUCGAGUUCCGAGAAGGGUUGAGGCAGGUGAUGGAGCCGGAGGCGAUUGAGUCUUUAGUGGAUGCCCUCGACAUGGACCACAGCGGCAGCGCUAACUACACAGAGUUCAUUGCCGGAUGUUUGGAUGCUCACUCGGACUUGGUCGAGAGCGCGCUCGCCCAUGUCUUCCGCGUGUUCGAUGUGAAUGGGGAUGGCAAGAUAUCACUCAAAGAGCUGUCCUCUAUUUUGACCUCGGACGGUGUUUCCAUAGUGCUGCCGGAGGGCAAAACCAUCGAGGAGUUCAUGAAGGCGAUCGAUGUAUCCCAAGAUGGGUUUAUCAGCUUUGAGGAGCUGAAGGGCUUCCUGCAGAAGGAGGCCGAUGCUGUGCCCCAAGUGCGGAAGAGAGGCCUUCCGGCUGAGCCAGGCGCCGACCCGGCCCAGCGUGGGUCCUUCGUGCAGCCGUUGUCUGGCCCGGGGUAUCCUGCUGGCGAGUUCGCGUCCCAGCUGAAGCGAUGCGUGGGGCUGUCAGAGGGCAAUGCCGCCCUGCUGCGGGAUUUGAACGAGGCACUGGCUGCGGCACCAAAGGUAGGCAGCCCUGACAAGUCGCCGGGGAAAAAAGGGGAGCUGCAGUGGGGCUGUCGGGACGCCGUAAAUGAGCAUUGCGAGGAUUUGCAGGCACUGAUGCAUUCAUGGCUCCCGCAUGGUGCCAUGGAGCGUAGCACCAGCUGCCCGGCCAAGGCCUUCCCACAGCUCCGGGACCCGCGCCGAAAGGGCGGGGAGGAUGGGUCGCCGCUGAGCCCUCUGAGCCCUUGCCCGGCGAGUCCCUUGCGGACGUCGGCGGCCGGGAGCCCCAGCUGGGCCAGCCGGCGCCUGCGCGCCAAGACCCACCGCGAUGGCCUGGAGAGCCGCGAGACCGUCUCGCGCGGAGGUCGCGAGGUGCGGCGGCCCACGUCCAGUUCGCGGCUGGAGCCCCUGGCCAAGGGCGCCCUGCGUCACCAGCGGCCCUGCACAUCCCCCCACACCCCGGAGGCCAUCUCCAGGAGCCCCCGGCCGGGCGCCACGGCCCUGGACUUCGAUGCGGCGGAGGCCUUGGGUCGGAAGAUCCUGGGGACCAGCUCCUGGGUGAAGCGGAUCUUCGAGGAGUUCGACGGGGCGGACUGCGGGUACCUUUGGCCCGCCGAGUUCGCGGCGCUGAAAUCCCGCUUCGAGGAGGCCAUGGGGGGCUUCAGCGCGAGGGCACCCUUCAACUUCGACGACGCCGAUGUGAACAUGGAGGGCAGAGUAAGUCUGCCCGAGUGGGAGCUCUACGCCACGAAGCUGGCCACCAUCUUGGGGGAGACGAGGUGCCGCGUCGCCACCGAGCGGGUCCUGGGCUCCCGCAAGGCUGAGAACCGCCGGAAGGUGAAGCACGUGUUCAUCUUCGAGGGCUACGAGGCACAAGCUUCCGUCCGUUUGCUGGAGGUGUGCUCGAAAGGCCACAAAAACGCGAGCUUAGUGGAAGAUAUCCGGGUAGCCCUGGCCGCCAGAGCCGAUCCAAAUGCUGGCCUUGCAAGUCCAGCCUUCAACGACUACACGCCCCUCAUCUUUCUGGCCAGCGCUCCUCCCUCCGCCAACGGCUCGCAAGUCGAGGAGGCCAUGGAGCUGCUGAUCCAGGCGCGGGCGGACGUGCACCGGGAGUGCGGGCCCAUGAUCAGCGGGCGCCUGGUGCCCCUGCGCUUCGCCGCCCGGGCUCAGAAUGCCUUCGGGCUGAAAGUGCUGCAGAAGCACGUGGACCUGGGGGACGCCUUCCAAUGGGCGGCAGGGGAGAAUGCGGAGGGGAUCAUGCUCUCCGAGCUGCGGAAGCUUCAUGGGCCAACCCUGGCAGAGCACAUCGAGGACAUGAAUGACUUCAGCCACGCGGCCAGCGCACAGCUGCGGCUCUUCGCAUCCCCCAUCUUUCCCGGUGGCUUGAGGGCCUCCGGGGCGCUCUCCUUGUGCAAGGGCACCUACGACGACGGCCACGUGCGCCGGGGCCAGCGGGCGGAUCCUAACUCCCCAGGGCUGGAGGGCAUGACGGCGCUGAUGCACAUGAUCAUCGACGGCAACGUGCCGGUGAUCCAGACGCUUCUGGACUGCCAAGCCACCUUGGACCAGCGGGACUCCAGCGGCGCCACGCCUCUCCACUUCGCCGCGCUGCACGCGCAGGUGCAGGUGGUGAAGCUCUUGCUGGACCGCGGGGCCGAGCCCAGCCACGUGGACUACGCCGGGUUCAGCCCCUGGAUGGUGGUGGGGGAGGCCACCUGCUUCGAGAAGCAGGGCCUGGCGGUCAGCUCGCGGUCCGCCAGUGAGAGGGCAGAGGACAUCCGGGAGUGCCUGGAGCUUCUGAAGCCAGCUUCCUCGCCAGAAGAGCUGAUCAGGGCCGAGAGCCCUGAGGCCUUGCUGGCGCUGGCCGAGGGGAAGGAGGGCGCGCCGAUGACCCUGGAGCUCCUGCAGCGGAAGUUCCGGCUCCACGAGAGCCUCUUCUUCAACCCCCGGAUGGCCAUCUCCGGCGCCUUCGAGGGCCGGACGCCUCUGAACCACUUCCUGGAGAAGUGGGCGGGGCUGAUGAUCCACCUGCUGCAGCAGGACCCUUUGGAGGGCGACCAGAAGGUGCUCGCCAAGUUCCUGCUGAAUGCCACCAAGGGCCCGGACAGCCAGGGCACCUGCGGGCACAUCCACAAGGCAUGGCAGCAGGACGACAACCGGGCGUCCUACCGGGCCCGCCUCAUGGAUGCGGUGCAGAAACAGCUGGAGUUCUACGUCGAAUCUGCUGCUGUGGCGGAGACCAUCGCCUUGGUGGGCUGCAGUUUGCUUGAAACCUCGGGUCCGCCGAGCCCAAUGAACGAGGCCGAGGCGAGGCUACCGCCGGAGAAGACGCUGGUGGCGUGCUCGGAGCUGCUGUCGCUGGCCAAAGACAGCGUCACGAUUCCGCAGUCUUGGCAGGAGGAUCCCUUCUGGCAGAAGGUGCAGGAGCGCCAAGUCCUGCGCUACGACCCCCAGUGGGCCCAAGACAUCCACGACGGGGCGAGCGGAUUUCUGCAGCUGCUGCGGCUGGGCGCUCCCCAGGAUGCCUCCGCAAGCCUGGUCCAUGACGACGCGUGUGCUGUGUCGUCCAUUGCAGAUUACAGCCGGCUCCGGCAAGUAAAGCACGCGCAAAUGAAAGAGCUCUAUGCGAGAGGGUAUGUGACAUACUCGAACCUAUGCAACGAAGCCUUUCAGGACAAGAUGAAAGAAGUGGUGGCUCGGGCCAGGGACGGCGCUCAAGUCUCUGUUGGCAUGCCAAGUUCGUACGUGGCUGCCAAGCGUCUGCAGCGAAUCCUGGAGAAGACCCUGGAAGCAGAGCAAGAGCGUGCCGGAUGGGAUUGGCCGCAAAGAGAGGACUCGUACGUGCGUCACACUUAUUGCUUCUACAUCUUGGACACGGUUCGAAUGAGCUUUGUGUGUCAAGGUGACACCGUGCCCCAGCAGGUUCACAGCUGCAUGAGCGUUCUCAAGGCGUUUCAGGGCUGCUCCGUCGAGACCGACGGCGUGCAACUCCUGCGCACUAAGUCGGGCUUUGCUUCUGGCGCAGUGGGCGAAGGUGGUUACGCGGAUGUGAAGCUUCUCUGCUAUACCGACCUGGGUGUGCACACUGCUUUCGAUGGGACGGAGAUCCCCCUGAGGAUCAUCGGCGAGGUGCAGCUGAUUCUGGAAGGCUAUGAGGCGGUGAAGAAACGAAUGCAUUUGGUCUACGAGGUGAACCGUGGUAGCUUUGAUAGGAAACGCCGACGGUAAGGAAUGUAGCAAUGCUGGGGGCUGCAUCCCCCAAUCGGCAGCCGUCCGGAUGCUGCAGGGCCUCCAAGCUCCUCGAAGAGGACUUGGAUUUCAGGCGUAGCGUUGCGUACACCAAAGUGUGACGACAAAACCUUAGCUGCGACCGCAAAGCGGCC